CAAUUCACACUGAAACCUUAUAUCCAAAAUCCAGCUUUUUGCGAUUUAGUAAAACAUUUCUCCAGUUUCGUUUGACAGACACGAACUACUUAGGUUAAUUAUGGCAUCAAGGCAGCAAGCGAAGGAAGAAAGAGCCGAGGCCGCAGCCAGAACGGCUGCAGACGAGCUUAGUGAAGUGAACAGGGAAAGAAGAACAGAGGAAGCCAGCAGAAGAGUUGAUGAUGACCGGCGUGUUGCCGUUGAAGAAAAGGGAACUCCUGGAAUCCCAAUUAUCGGGGGAUUACUGAGUGCCGUUCAGGGCACAAUUGAGCACGCCAAAGAAGCUGUAACCGGAAAGACUCAUGAUGCUUCCGUAGAAGCAGCUCGUGAGGCUAGAAUGACCCGGGAUGUUGUCUCAGAUAAGACGUCGGAAGCGGGUUAUAAAACAGGGGAAUACAAAGAUUAUACCGCUGGUUUAGCAGCUCAGAAAACAGGGGAAGCCGCAGAUAAGGCCAAGGAGUAUAAAGAUUAUACUGCUCAAAAAACAGGGGAAGCUGCAGAUAAGGCCAAGGAGUAUAAGGAUUAUACUGCUGACAAAGCUAGAGAAGCAAAAGAUGCAGCUGCCCAGAAGGCCAGAGAGGCUUCUGAUGCUACUGCGCAAAAGGGAAGGGAAUAUAAGGAUUAUACCUCUCAAAAAGCAAAUGAAGCUGCUGAUGCAACUGCUCAAAAGGGGAGGGAAUACAGAGAUUAUACUUCCCAGAAAGCUAGUGAAGCUGCUGAUGUAAUUGCUGAGAAAGCCAGGCAAGCUGGUAAUAAAGUUGGGGAGUACAAGGAUUACACUGCUGAGAAGGCCAAGGAGACGAAAGAUUCUGCAAUGGGGAAGAUGGGAGAGUACAGGGAUUCGGCUAUGGAGAAAGCAAGGGAAACUAAAGAUGCAGCUGUUGAUAAGGCCAGAGAGGCUAAAGAUGCAACAGCAGGGAAAUUAGGGGAAUACAGGGAUUAUGCUGCUGAAAAGGCAUACGAGACCAAGGAUGCCACUAUGCAGAAAGCAGGGGAAUACAAAGAUUAUGCAGCUCAAAAAGCAACCGAAACGAAAGAUGCGGCUAUGCAGAAAGCAGGGGAAUACAAGGAUUAUGCAGCUGAGAAGGCAGGGGAAGCUAAAGACAAAACAGGGGAGAAAGCGGCUGAGUACAAAGAUUACACGGCGGAAAAGGCUGUAGAAGGGAAGGACACCACAGUUGGCAAGCUGAGUGAGUUGAAGGAUUCAGCCGCCGACGCCGCCCGGAGAGCUAUGGAUUACUUGACCGGUAAGAAGGAACAGGAGCGGAAAGCUGAGCUGGCCCAUCCAGAACUCAAGAGCAAGUACGAGUUGACAGAAGAUGAAGCCAGGCGGAAAAUGGAAGACUUGAAGCUCUCACAAGAGGGAGUCUGGGAUGAGAGUAAACAAAGGGCGGAAGCUGCCGAUGAAACUGCCGCUGACAGGGGAGCAGCAGCAAAAACGAACAUCUUCAGCGCCAUUGGUAAUGUGGGAGUUGCUAUAAAGGAUAAGCUGACACAUCCAUCAGACAUUGCGGCGGAGACUCAUGCGGCCAGGGAACAGGGAGGGCCAAAGAGGGUGGUGGAGAGGUACAUGGUGGACGUGGUUGAGAGCCCUCCUCCGGCAGGGGAAGCGGCGUCUUACCUGAAGAAUGCUGAUAAGAUGAGAUCUUCUGGACGGAGUUCCGGUGAUCAGGGGAUGAUGGGCGAGGAAGGCACUGGUGUUGUGCGGGUGGAACGUGUUGGAAAAGUUGAAAGCACGAAGGAUGAGAAAUGA